GGAAGAAACAGACCUUCUUGGUGCGGAAUGGCUACUGUUGUGUUCUCUGCUGGUGUCCGGGUAUGACGAUAUGCUGGCUGGCUUCCUCUUCGGUGGAUCCUCUGACCAGCUAGAGCCGGAGCCGAAUGACUGGCCGGGAUUAAUACCAGGUCAUAAACAACCUCUCACUUCCCCUCCCCCUGGGCCGCCCCAAGGCCCGGCCUGCUGCCGCCGCGUGGGCCUGCGCGGUCCCGUAUCCUUCGUCAGUUCACCCUUCUCGGCCCUGCACUCUUAAUCACGACACAGAGCCCUCACCCACAGGUUGGGGGCCGCUUCCACUUCCCUUCUCCCGACCCUGUCACGGUGCACGGCCAAAAGGCCGGACGCCCUGACACACACGCCUACAGCCCGCUGCCGCCCUACGCGCGCUGACGCAGUCCCCGCCCCAACCCGCGGUGCUUCCGCGGCCUGUCCCCGCCCCUUCCCGGAGCCCGCCUCCCGGCUGCGGGCCUCGGGCCGUCCGCCUCCCCUUGCGCUGGUUCCAGCGUGCACCCGCUGCCCCGCCUCUGCGCGUGCUCAAUAACUGUCCUCUCAGUCGGCCUGCAGGCUUCCCCCGCCCCUGAGCUGUUUGAAUAUGCUAAUGAGGCUGUAAGGACCAGCCAAUAGGGCAGAGGGUCUCUGGAUCACAUGACUCGAGUACGUGUCAGGGGCGGAGCCUACGUAGCCCCUGCCCGAGUUAAAACCGGAGUGUGAGAGAGAAAAGCGCUUCAGUAGCGAGAGGGGCUGAGAAAGUGGUGACACCGCUGGGGUGCGGAGGGAGUCUCUCAAACUUCUCUCAACAGCCCCAGGGCCAAUCUCCCCUCAGCCCACUCCCCUGUUCGCCAGAUCCCUGGUCCCCACUCCCUGCACUGGGGGUGGGGUGGGGAACUGGGCCCGUCUCCCGCGGGGACACACACAGGGGCCGGGAGUGGGGACGGGACCCCCAGGCCGGGGGACGGACGGACGGACAGACGGCCGCGCGGCCGCCCCAGCGGGCAGGCAGGCCGGAGGCGGGGGUACGGCCGGGUGGACCUGGGCUGGGGAGUUUCCUCUCAACUAUCGGGGGAGAAACUCCCCAUAGCCGGUGUUUUCCUCCCGGGGGCCGCGUUCCCCGCCCCGCAUAUCGGCGGUUGCCGCCGCCGCUGGUGCCUCCACCUCUGCCAUCUCUUCACCACCUCGGGCCCCGGUGUCCCCGGCCAGCACUAUGCCCAUCUUACUGUUCCUGAUAGACACGUCUGCCUCUAUGAACCAGCGCAGCCAUCUGGGCACCACCUACCUGGACACGGCCAAAGGCGCGGUAGAGACCUUCAUGAAGCUCCGUGCCCGGGACCCUGCCAGCAGAGGAGACAGGUAUAUGCUGGUCACUUUCGAAGAGCCGCCCUAUGCUAUCAAGGCUGGAUGGAAAGAAAACCAUGCAACGUUUAUGAAUGAACUGAAAAACCUUCAGGCAGAAGGACUUACGACUCUUGGCCAAUCCCUAAGGACAGCUUUUGAUUUGUUAAAUUUAAAUAGAUUAGUAACUGGCAUAGACAACUAUGGGCAGGGAAGAAACCCUUUUUUCUUGGAGCCAGCAAUAAUUAUUACAAUCACUGAUGGGAGCAAGUUGACGACUACUAGUGGUGUCCAAGAUGAGCUCCAUUUACCUCUAAAUUCACCUUUGCCUGGAAGUGAACUGACCAAGGAGCCUUUUCGCUGGGAUCAGAGACUGUUUGCUUUAGUGCUGCGGCUGCCUGGCACUGUGUCAGUAGAAUCCGAGCAGUUGACAGGUGUGCCUUUGGAUGACUCUGCUAUCACACCCAUGUGUGAAGUGACAGGAGGCCGGUCAUACUCUGUAUGUUCUCCAAGAAUGCUUAACCAGUGUCUGGAAUCCUUGGUGCAGAAAGUACAAAGUGGGGUGGUAAUAAACUUUGAAAAGGCAGGACCAGAUCCUUCCCCUGCUGAAGAUGGACAGCCAGAUAUAUCAAGACCUUUUGGAUCUCAGCCUUGGCAUAGCUGUCACAAACUCAUAUAUGUCAGGCCAAAUCCUAAAACUGGGGUUCCUAUAGGCCAUUGGCCUGUUCCAGAGUCUUUUUGGCCAGAUCAGAAUUCUCCCACACUACCACCUCGUACAUCUCAUCCUGUAGUGAAGUUUUCCUGUACAGACUGUGAACCAAUGGUUAUUGACAAAUUGCCUUUUGACAAGUAUGAGCUGGAACCUUCACCACUGACUCAGUUUAUUCUAGAAAGGAAAUCUCCUCAAACAUGUUGGCAGGUGUAUGUGAGCAAUAGUGCAAAGUAUAAUGAACUCGGUCAUCCCUUUGGUUACUUGAAAGCUAGUACAGCACUGACCUGUGUCAACUUAUUUGUGAUGCCUUACAAUUACCCAGUCCUCCUUCCUCUCUUAGAUGACUUGUUCAAAGUGCACAAAGCAAAACCAACACUGAAAUGGAGACAGUCAUUUGAAAGUUAUUUGAAGACAAUGCCUCCCUACUAUCUUGGGCCUCUGAAGAAAGCUGUUAGAAUGAUGGGCGCACCUAAUCUGAUAGCAGACAGUAUGGAGUAUGGACUCAGCUACAGUGUCAUUUCAUACCUCAAAAAGUUGAGUCAGCAGGCCAAAAUAGAAUCUGAUAGAGUCAUCGGAUCCGUAGGCAAAAAAGUAGUGCAGGAAACUGGAAUUAAAGUCCGAAGCCGGUCACAUGGGUUGUCAAUGGCGCAUAGGAAAGGUUUUCAAGUGCUGCAGGGUAUUUCGGAGGAUGUCCCCCACAGGUUGCUAGACCUUAAUAUGAAGGAGUACACUGGGUUCCAGGUUGCUUUACUAAAUAAGGAUUUGAAGCCUCAGACCUUUAGAAAUGCUUAUGAUAUACCAAGACGGAAUCUUCUGGAUCAUUUAACAAGAAUGAGGUCUAACCUUUUAAAGAGCACCCGAAAAUUUCUUAAAGGCCAGGAUGAAGAUCAAGUGCACAGUGUGCCUAUAGCACAAAUGGGGAAUUACCAGGAAUACCUCAAGCAAGUACCUUCUCCAUUGAGAGAGCUUGAUCCUGAUCAGCCUCGAAGGUUGCAUACGUUUGGCAAUCCCUUUAAACUGGAUAAAAAGGGUAUGAUGAUAGAUGAAGCAGAUGAGUUUGUGGCUGGACCUCAGAAUAAACACAAGCGGCCUGGAGAGCCAAGCAUGCAAGGGAUCCCGAAAAGGCGCCGGUGUGCCUCUCCACUCUUGAGAGGCCGAAGGCAGAGCCCUGCUGUGAACAGUCACAUCGGAGGGAAAGGACCACCUGCACCCAUGAUGCAAGCACAGCCAGGUCUUAUUAAACCCCUUCCUCUGCAUAAAGAAGCCACUAAUGAUUCAGUAGUAGACGAUGUGGUUGAAAAUCAUGUUGCCGACCAACUUUCAUCAGACAUGACAACAAAUGCUAUGGAUACUGAAUUUUUAACAUCUCCAGCCAAUCUUUUGGAACCAUCAACUAAUCAUACAGAGGCCCUUGGUCAUGAACAUUUAGGAAACAAUGACCUCACUGUUGGUGGAUUUUUAGAAAAUCAUGAGGAGUCAAGAAGUAAAGAACAAAGUGCUGAAGAGAAUAUACCAGCAUCUUCACUCAACAAAGGAAAGAAAUUGAUGCAUUGUAGAAGCCAUGAAGAGGUCAACACUGAACUAAAAGCACAAAUAAUGAAAGAGAUCCGAAAACCAGGAAGAAAAUAUGAAAGAAUCUUCACUUUACUGAAGCAUGUGCAAGGCAGUUUACAAACAAGGCUAAUAUUUUUACAAAAUGUCAUUAAGGAAGCAUCCAGAUUUAAGAAGCGAAUGCUGAUAGAGCAACUGGAGAACUUCUUGGAUGAAAUUCAUCGGAGAGCCAAUCAGAUCAACCAUAUUAAUAGCAACUAAAGAAAAUAGAACGCGGCCACUUAUUUCAUUAUCUUCUCCAAAUACAAAGUAAAUACAAGACUGUCGUAAUCUUGUAUUCAUUCUUUGACAUGCAUUGUUGGCUAUUUGAAAUACUAAAAACAUUCUACAGUUCCUUUCCAUCAUUUUACAGUGACCUUUUCAUUUUAGCUUAUUUUUGUAAAGUGAAAAGUAUCACUAAAUUUUUUUUUUCCUUUUUUCCUCUUUUUUUUUUAACAAACUAAAACUAUUCUUCAGAUUCUCUGCUUGUCAUUGGCUCUUGCGUGUCAGUUUCCCUCAGGUUAUAUUUUCUUAAACCAACCUUUAAAAUUGUCAGCUCUGUUAAGGUUGAACUUUGCCAAAAAAAAAAAAAAAAAAAAAAAAAAGUUACUUUGUAAUUUUGGGAAAAAAGCACAUACAUUAAAAACUAGGUAAUGUUUUGUAUAUACAGUUAUUUUGGAUAUAUUAUUGUAAGUUGUACAAAUGUAUUUUGAAGAAUAUUUAAGAAAAGCACUUUUGUUAUUCCAUCAAUAAAUGCUCUAUUUUACUCUUGUGUGGUUUAGGAAAUAAUCACAUUUAAAGUAACUACUUAAAAACAUUCUAAAACAAUGGAAUUCUAAAGGCCUUGCUUUUUAGCAUUAAAACAAUACACACCUUAUUAUUUGUUAAACUAAUGUAAUUAUGUGUUACGUAGCCUGCACUGUCUUUUUAACUAUGCGUUCCUAGUUUUUGUUGGCCAUGCCAAUAUACUCCACUCUUGCCUGGAUAAUGGUAAUACCUCAGUCUGUGGCAGAUAGACAGAUGGGCAUUUUAAAAAACAAUUUUAAAAAUAGAUGAGCUGGGGCAUUAUUGGUUUCUUAACAACUUUCAAUCUCUCUUACAGGAUUUAGAUGACACUCAAGUCUAGCCAUUAGUUAGGGUGUGGUAGCUUUAGGUUACAUCAUAUUUGGAAAUGCCUAGUAUGCCAUAAUUUGACCCAUGGCUUGCUUACCUGACUUUGUGACAUGGUUCAGAGAGCAUCUCUUGGUUCUGCUCUCUGAUUCUUAACUUAUUUAGAAGCUGACCGGAGAGGAAACAGACUUAAGAUGACUGUAGUCCUUUCCCCCCUUGUUUGCACAGGAUGAGGAUAUCUGGCACUUAACAUUCUCCAUCCUCACAGGCCUCCAUCUUUAUUUACUAAGGAUGUGACCCUGUAUCCUGACUCAUGCACAUAGUCAUAGAUCACUGUUGUGCCUUUUAGUGGUUUGGAGGGAACUAGUAAAAAGGUUAGAAUUUUUAGAUUUGGAAUAAUUGAGGGGGAAAAAACUUUUAAAUUAUUUUUUUAAUUGAAUUAUUUUUAGAUUAAUAAUAUUUGGAAAUCACAUACCCUUAAAAGAAAUUGUAAAUAUUUAUAAAGGAAAGCAUACAUAGAGAAAACAUUCUUGAGGUCUGUUAUUUUAGUCAAGGGGAUUUGAAACUCUGCCAAUACUGAAGACAAACCCUGUAAAGAAAAAGAAACAUUUAAUGUGACUUGUAGUUUUUCAUAUAACAAUUCAUUAAACAUUUCUUACUUCUUCAAAAUUCCUGGAAGUAAAUGAAGAUAUAAUUUAGAGAUGGAUUUAUUAAAAUAGUUGCCUAUAACCACACUGCUAAAUUCAGCAGAAACUAUACAAAAUUCAGAUUUAUUUUGUGGUUGUGAAUUAUGUGUCUUAAGAGUGAGAUCAGCGGGAACACUGGAGUCAUUUAGAUAGAAGCUAUGUUAAAUCAGCACAUGGGGUCUGUCCUUGGCAUGGUCCUCAUGUCAUAGGCACGGUGGAUCUUCUGCCUUUACUACAAUUUCCAAAAUGCACCCCAAAGGAGUGUACAGUAGCAGGCUCUUCUGUGUCUGUGCUCCACUCUUCUCCCUCUUCCCCCUCCCUCUCUCUGUUCCUUUGUCUGGCAUAAUAAUCUUUACUUCCUAAUACUAAAACUUAAUACGAAAAUUUGCAACCUAUCAAAACUACAGCUUAAGAUUCCACCCACCUCAGGCUUUUGCCUUUCAAGAAAUGGUGGGCAAGUUAGUUAAGUGAGUGGAGUUUCUACAGAAUCCUUGUUAGCAAAGGCAAGGGAGGAUGUCCUUGGGGGUAGGUACUUCAUUUUUUGAGAUCAUGGAGUGAUGCUGUGCUGGACAAAUAACUCUCCAAAAGGUUAAUGUUGGAGUUUUUAGAUAAUUUUCUUAAUGUUCCCUUAUGUGUCCCAUUUGUUAAUUGAUCCAUUAUGUCAAUAUAAGACUAGUAAGCCUCAACAGUGAAGGCGGAGACUCUAAGGUUAUUUUCAAGUGUUUUGCCUCUGUGUAUGUAAAUGCAUCAGAUGCAUGCCUGGUGCUUGAGAAGCCCAAAGAGAAGAGGGCGUCAGAUCCCCUGGAGCUGGAGCUGCAGAUUCUUAGGAGUUUCCACAUGGGGUCUGGGAACCAAGCCGGGUUCUUUACCAAGUGAAGCAAAUGCUCUUAACCAUGGCCAUCUUCUUGCCCCAGCUGAAAGUUCAGAAAAUUAGCCACUUUACCGUGGGUAAUGCGAACAGCCACUGUCCAGAAAAGAAAAGCCACAGGGACAGGUCUAAGAUUGUGGGGAAUUAGGGAGCUGGUUUUUUUUAUUAGACCUGAAUUUCCAUUCUGAUACUAGAAUGGUAGAAAUUAUAUUAUUGAAAGUGCUGUGUGUCUAACAGCUUUACAUGGUUUUUAUUAUACAGUUGAAUUUCAAGAAUUUGUUUUUUGUCUUCUGACUGUCCCCUUUAUUGGAUAUGAGAUUUAGGUAGUGGCCCUUCUGUUCAAGGUUAGUCCUUCCUCUUUGUUUGAGGGUUUAAUUUAAAACUUGUCUUUUUGUUGUUACCAGUUUUUUGUCUUGUUGUUGGUGGUGGUUUUUUUUUUUUUGUUGUUUUGUUUUAACAUACUCUCUGCUGUCUGUCCUUAGUGAUCAGUGCUGUUUUUGUCUAUCACAGUCACUGUGGGGUUGGAGUAAUCAUGGUGGGAUACUAAGUGCACAUUGUUAUGACCUCCCUCUUCCUUAAUAAUCCCCAAGUAGAUAGUUUUUCAGGGAAUGAUUACCUACAUCCUUUGUCACAAUGUUCUUUUGAUUUCUAGCACAAAUAUGAUUCUAGAAUACAAAUGAUUCUCAGAUAAAAUGAUGUUGACAGUAUUUUCUUUUAACAAUCUGUGUUAAACUAUGCUAAUUUUCAUUCUAACUUUCGAUAUUCUUUCCACAAAUAAAAGUGAUGCCUGAUGUUUAGUUAAA